AUGUACCAUGAGCAGAAAGCCGGUAGCGGUGCCGGCGUCGCGUAUAACUGCGGAGAUUGUGGAUCUGAAGUACUUCUUCGUCCCGGCGAUGUUAUAAUUUGCAGAGAGUGUGGGUAUCGCAUCCUAUACAAAAAAAGAACGAAGCAAGUGGUGCAGUUCGAAGCUAGAUGA